AUGUUGGUCGCUACGAGUGGACCGUCGUUAGCAGGGCCGGGUGGAUCGGAUGCAUCCGAGAAUGGACAACAAGAUGGAAAAGAUGAGCGUCGGCCUCCCUACACGAUGCAUGGCGUGUUGCACUUCGUUCAACACGAGUGGGGCCGCUACGAGAUGGAACGAGCAAAAUGGGAGAUGGAACGCGCCGAGCUGCAGGCUCGAAUCUCAUUUCUACAAGGCGAGCGCAAAGGCCAGGAGAACCUCCGUCACGAUUUGGUGCGACGAAUCAAGAUGCUUGAGUACUGCUUGAAACAGGAGCGAGCCAAGUGCUACCGUUUGAGCCACAAUGGAGAAGAGCCACCCGAAAUGGACUACAGGGAUGAGGAAGAGGCUAACAAAGAUGCUCCUACUGCUACAGCCACCACGGAGGUCGAUCCCUUUCCUCCAAAUCUUCACGGAUUCAAAGCCGGCCGCCUUCUACUUAAACAAUAUUUGGAGGAAAUCGGCUACUCAGAGGCAGUGAUGGAUGUCCGCGCGUUCCGAAUGAAAAAUCUCGUCAACUUGAUGCAACAAACAGACGAAGACGCAGAUGUAAAACGGAAAAAGGCAAAGGAGAGGAGUGACAGUGACUCGGACAACGAUGAACAACGCCAGGAGUUGGAUAUGGAGACGGCCGAUGCAUUGCACGAGUUCAACUUUCUUGAGAAGAGUGACGACAAUUGGGAUGGGAAUGUGAAUGCUGGGCAGUUGGAGGCGAAAAUUGAACGCUACAGGAAUGAGAAGCGCUCAAAGCGAAACUCGGGUGGAAGCGGAGGGCCGAACGAUGAAACAAGGGGAUCCAAGGACUUCAAUGACCAAUCAAUUGAAGAACUAGAUGGACACCAUAGUGAGAAGCUAGCCUUCAAGGGAAAAAGCAAGGGCGAAUUCGCCGACAUCAACGAGGCCCUCGGAUUGGUCGAUGAUGCCAUUGAUAUCAAGGACAACUUUGCCGGAGAGGAUGACGAUAUGCGACAGACACCAAAGUGGAACCUCGCGUUGACGCUCCGAUCGCAUUUAGAUUCAGUUAGAGCCAUGCAGUUUCACCCAGUUGAGCCGGUUCUCUUCACCACAUCGGAGGACAGUACGUGCAAAAUGUGGAAUUUGGACAUGAAAACGAAGGAAGAUAAAUACGUGGAGAUCGAGCCGGCCUACACAUUCCGUGGCCAUUACGGACCAUCGCUGUGCUUGGACUUAUCGCCGACGGGAGAUCAUUUGUACACGGGUGGAUUUGAUGGCGUUAUUUGCUGCUGGAGCAUCCCGUUGAACAUCAGCGACGUCUACGACAAAUAUGAUUCGGCUGUGCUUGUUGAGCGCCUGGUUGGCCACACAGAUGCGGUUUGGUCGGUCGCCUAUCAUUCUUCGGAUACGCGCUUGGUUUCGGCGUCUGCCGACAAAACGAUUCGAGUUUGGGAGCCGGGCAUGUUCGGUGACUCGCCUCUCCUCAAGACGUAUACUGGCUGGGUGGAAAAUUCGACGCCAACAUCGCUCGAUUUUGUUUCAACGGAGACCCAACAACUGCUCACCGCGUUCAAGUCGAAUAUCGCCGGAAUCCUUGACAUCGAGACUGGACAAAACGUCGUGAAGUUUGACUUUGGCGAAGAUGCAACAAAUGGCUCCGAUGUGAACAAGAUUUUAUCGCAUCCAACAAUGCCCAUGACAAUCACUGGAGGAGAGGACAGGAAGCUGCGAUACUUUGACAACAGAACAGGCGAAUUGGUUCAUGCGGCUAUCGCUCAUGUGGAAUCGAUCUCAUCACUUGCGGUUGAUCCAAAUGGUCUCUACUUGCUCUCGGGAAGUCACGAUGGAUCACUACGACUAUGGAACAUGGAAAAGCGAGUCUGCUUGCAAGAAGUGGCAGCUCACCGAAAGAAGUUGGACGCCUCCGUGAACACCGUGGCUUUUCAUCCUUCUCGACCGUAUAUUGGAUCUGCUGGUGCCGAUGCCCUCGCCAAGGUUUUCACAACGUCUUCCAUAUCGUUCGAGGACCCGAUCAUCGAUCAAAUGAACUACGGACAAAAUGGAAUAGCAUUUCAGCAAAUAGAAAUGGACACCGAUGUGAAGAACGUCGAAUUGGCCUCGUCGAUGACCGCUUCAUCUUCAACGCCUGUGCCACCACCACCGCAAGUGGCGGCGACUACAUACUAUCCGAUGCACUCAGCGCCCACUCCAAACAUUCCAAUGCCGUUUCUUCAGCAAGCUGGAGAGGUUUACGUUGGUCCCGGUGCACAAAAAGAGGCUGGACUCGUCGGAUUGGGUUUGAAAAAGUUGCGGUCAAGAGAUAAGGAUCGACUCUACGAUGCAAAACGAUACGCCAUGGACAUCUCAAUUAAACAAAUCAUGCUUCGACAACAACAAGUUCAUCAACAGAAUCAACAAAAGCAGCAAAUGUACGCCCAAGCGUUGUCGUUGAUGGCUCGUGUUUACGUGGGAUCGAUAUCUUUUGAGAUUCGCGAAGAUAUGCUGAGAAAAGCGAUGGAACCGUUUGGACCGAUCAAGACGCUGAACAUGAGUUGGGAUGCUGGAAGCGGACACCACAAAGGAUUCGCCUUCUUGGAGUACGAGGUCCCCGAAGCGGCAUCACUGGCCCAGGAACAAAUGAAUGGCUUGCUGAUGGGCGGACGAAAUCUCAAGGUGCUUCCCACUCGGCUCUUCAAUCAGAAUCAGAUGGGCCGAACCACACCAUCCACUCCUCAAGCUCAACCCAUUAUCGACAUGGUGAUGACAGAAGCAAAGAAGUAUUACAGAGUCUACGUGGCCUCCGUGCAUCCGGACCUCUCUGAAACUGACGUGAAGAGCGUGUUUGAGGCAUUCGGCGAGGUGGUCAGCUGCAGAUUGGCACGCAAUGCGGUGAAAGGAGGUCAUAGGGGUUUCGGCUACAUCGAGUUUAAUAACGCGACGUCGAUGACUGAAGCGGUCGCGGGGAUGAACAUGUUCGACUUAGGAGGGCAAUUUCUGAGGGUAGGUCGAUGUGUAACUCCACCCGAAGCUCUAAACUACAUUGUUCCGGCAGCACCGUCAGCUCUUCCCCAAUCGACGGCAAUGGCGUUAGCGGCGGCGACGGCCAAAGUGCAAGCACUCGAAGCAACACAGGGCAGCAGCAGUCCAAGCGGCUCAUCGCAAAUGAAUCCAUUCAACUCAUCGACUCCACCAGGCGGAUACUCUGCCACCUCCUACUAUUCUCCUUUGCCUGAGAAAUAUCUUUACUUAUGGUCUCUCUUUGGGUAUAUGUAUAUUUAUGAAAUCUUCUUGAAGCCAAAGUCUAAUGGAUCAGCAGGUGCCGCGUCACCGUCAACGUCGACUCUGUUUGGGCAACGUGACGCUUCCCCGGUUUUCGCAUCUCCAAAGGCUGCUUCACCCGCCCCUCCUCCACCACCGCCACCACCACCAGUUGCUGCAAAUCCGACUUCUCUGGCUCCACCAAGUCCUGUUCCACCACCACAGCCACCAAUAGCUGCAUUUGCUGAGCCAAUAGCGCCUCCAUUGCCACCACCUUCUCCGGAGCCAGCUCCAGUCGAGGAUGAUAGACCGGCUUGGGAACGUUUCAUGAAGAAGGAUCCUGAACCUCGUUCUAGAGCUGAAGUCCCCAUGGAAGUCGAUGACGUGAAGCCGGAUGUGAAGCCGAUUCCACCGAAAGCUGCUGCCAAUAUUCCACCACCUGGAUUAUUGAAGGUUCCACAACCGACCGUCGUUGUACCAAGAUUGCACUCCAAAGAAAAAACGAAAGAGUCAAAGUCGAUCUUCGAUCGGAUUAAAGUUCAUGCGACACUUAAUCCCGGUGAAAUAGCUACUUUUGGACCCACCGAGAGCAGUGGCGCAUUAGAAGAAGAUGAGGAUGAUGAAACUGGUCCACUUGCGAUCACUUCUGGCUCCUCUGGGAAAGGUGACAUCCAAUCGCUCGCACUGACAAUUAUGGACGGUGGAAGUCAAGUACAAUUGAUAAAGGCUAAAGCUGAGAAGGAUGCUGCCUACAAAGAAGCAGCAAAGAAAGCGGCAAAGAUCAAGAGGAAAACAAAGCCUGUGAAAGCGUCGAACACAAAAGGGCCAAAGUUGAACAGCGAUGCCGCUUUGGCAGCCGCCGAGAAAGCUGGUGCAAUGAGUGAUCAAAUUAUCGACAAAGAAGUGAACAAGGAUGAAGCAACUCUCGCAUCACAGGAAGGUUUAGAAAUACGUGGAAACGACUCGAGACACUUGUUGAUGACAAAGUUGAUGCGCGUGAAUCGAUCGCAAAUAUUGAUGCUAAAGAAUAUGGUGAGCGCUGAAGAGAUCGAUGACUUAUUGGAAGAUGAAAUAAAAGAAGAGUGCUCGAAAUAUGGAGACGUUGAGGACGUGUUGAUUGUAAACGACGAGGCAAAUGAUGUGGUCAAGAUAUUUGUCAAGUUCUCAACGACGAACCAGGUAGAUGAUGCAAAGAAGGCGUUGGAUGGACGUUUCUUCGGCGGUCGAACGAUUUCCGCUUCAGUCUACGAUCAAGCAUUAUUCGAUCAUGAAGAUUAUUCCGGUUAC